AUGGCCAUCCAACAAUCUCUGAUAGAGAGACCAAAAAAUUCUGUUUCCAAAACUAUCUGUUUAAUCUUUUCUGUUGCUGCUGUCAUAUGCUCAUCAUCCUUUUUCGCUUCUUAUCUCAUCAAAUCCACCUCCUUCCUUAACCAAUCCUCUCCUCAAGAUCUAUGUCAUCAUGCACUUGAUAAGCCAUCAUGCUUGUCACAUGUCUCGGAAGUGGUUCAUGGUCCGAUCUUGACCACCACGAAAGACUACAAAUUCAAUUUGUUUCGGUCUUUCUUAAUGAAAUCCACCUCACACAUUCAGAGAGCCAUGAACACAGCCAGUUCCAUCAAACUUAGGAUUAACAGUCCCAAAGAGGAAGCAGCUUUGCACGACUGUGUGGAGCUCAUGGACUUAUCCAUCGACAGAGUUUGGGACUCAAUGCUGACUCUCACAAAACAAACCAUUGAGUCACAGCAAGAUGCACAUACAUGGCUAAGUAGCGUGCUCACUAACCAUGCAACUUGUUUGGAUGGUUUAGAGGGGACAGCUCGUGCUCUUAUGGAGGCUGAACUUGAGGAUUUGAUAUCCAGAGCAAGAACCACUCUGGCCAUGUUUGUUGCUGUUUUGCCCCCGAGGGUUGAACCGAUCAUUGACGAACCACUGAAUGGAGAGUUUCCCUCAUGGUUGAGCAGCAAGGAUAGGAGGCUUUUGGAGUCUAGCGUUAGGGGCAUCAACGCCAACGUUGUGGUGGCCAAGGAUGGAAGUGGCAAGUUUAAGACUGUGGCUGAGGCUGUGGCAUCUGCACCUGAUAACGGUAAGACAAGGUAUGUUAUUUACGUGAAAAAGGGAACAUAUAAAGAAAAUGUUGAAAUUGGUAAGAAGAAGACGAACGUGAUGCUCGUUGGAGAUGGUAUGGAUGCAACUGUAAUUACUGGCAGCUUGAAUUUUGUUGACGGAACGACCACAUUCAAGACUGCCACUGUUGCUGCUGUGGGGGAUGGAUUUAUAGGUCAAGAUAUAUGGUUCCAAAACACAGCAGGCCCACAGAAGCACCAAGCAGUGGCUCUUCGCGUGGGUGCAGAUCAAUCCGUCAUAAACCGCUGUCGCAUUGAUGCCUUCCAAGACACUCUCUAUGCACACUCCAACAGGCAGUUUUACAGAGACUCCUUUAUCACUGGCACCGUUGAUUACAUAUUUGGAAACGCAGCUGUUGUGUUUCAGAAGUGCAACCUGGUGGCCCGAAAGCCCAUGAAUAACCAGAACAACAUGGUCACGGCCCAAGGACGAGAAGAUCCAAACCAGAACACAGGAACUUCGAUUCAACAAUGUAACUUAACACCAAGUUCGGAUCUUAAACCCGUGGUAGGGUCCAUCAAAACUUUCCUAGGCCGGCCAUGGAAGAAGUACUCCAGAACUGUUGUGAUGCAAUCAACGUUGGACAGCCACAUUGACCCAUCAGGAUGGGCGGAAUGGGAUGCCCAGAGCAAAGACUUUUUGCAAACCUUGUAUUAUGGAGAAUACAUGAACAGUGGCGCAGGUGCUGGAACCAGCAAGCGAGUGAAUUGGCCUGGUUACCAUAUCAUCAAAACUGCAGCAGAAGCCAGCAAGUUCACUGUAACACAGCUCAUCCAAGGAAAUGUUUGGUUGAAGAACACCGGGGUCAACUUCAUUGAAGGCCUCUAA